UUUUUUUUCCUUUCGACAAUACGGCCAAUAGGAAACCGUUUUGGAAUUUUGUGGAAAAGCGAAACCAGUCCAAUCGAGCACGGGAAACGCUGGAAAAUUAGUCUGUUUGGAGAACUUGCGCGGUUAGUUUGUGGUUUGAAUUUCAAGUACUGUUCGAGUGUGUUGUGGAUAUUGUUCUGGACUUAUCAAAAUUUAUGUUUAAGGAGUUCCCGGGACAUUACAAUGUUUACGUGUUUUGAAGUUUGUGUCUAAGCGAAAAAUAGUUCCAAAGUGUGAACGAAACUGAUUAUUUGAUUUCACGCGAAGUAAAUAACUACUUUGUGUCUUACCCGAAGUGCGCAGAUGUACAACAAAAUGUCCAGUUUUGACUCAUCGGAUGGCGAAAUUUGCCAACCGGUUUGUGAAACAGGAGAAUAUUAUGAAUCAACCAACCAUUAUUACACUCAGUUGUAUCCAGCAGAUUCUCAAAACGCAGGCACUCACGUGCUACCCUUGGACGAGGAAGGCUACUGGGGCUCACCGUGCAGUUCCAGCGAAUCCCACGAAGAUCGAGGUGAAUACUCGCCCAGCCAGAAUGUGCUCCCCUCGCAGACCGGACCGGAAGGAUCAUCUCCGUUCGGCGGCCAGUACCAUCUGCACCAGCACGGGCAGCAGGUUUACUGUUCCGUCGGGUACGAUAAAACGAGCUACAUAUGCGAUGAGGGCUACUUCGGUACCACACCAACUACCACAACCAGUAGUAACGGGUGCUCUUUGACGUCCAUCAACACAUCCAGCCCGCUCGUAACCGGAAGCCAACCGGUGGUACGAGUCGUCAAAAGACGUAACACGGCCAACAAGAAAGAACGCCGACGCACCCAAAGCAUCAACUCGGCAUACACCUCGCUCCGGGAUCGGAUUCCCAACGUCCCGAACGAUACCAAAUUAUCUAAGAUAAAAACCUUGCGAUUAGCAAUCUCGUACAUCGCGCAUCUGCUAGCGGUAGUAAAUGGCAGCCAAGAUCCAUCCUGUGAUUUCCGAGCGGAACUGGUUCCCUCGUCUAGGAAGAUCAACGCAGAACGGAGAGCUCAGAAGAGUAUGAUGCACAAUUUUGCCAACGAAGGCAAGAAAAUCAAGGGUCGAACAGGAUGGCCUCAGCACGUGUGGGCUUUGGAGACCAAAACAACGAUUAAAUAAAGACCUCGUUGCAUCGCAAUUGUAAUUUAAACUGUAAGAGUUACUGCAAAUGGUACCAAAGUCAACAAAGAAUAGUUACUACCGUGAUAUGCGUAAUUUUUCUUCUGAUUGUGAGUCAUAAUCGUAUGUAAAUAAAUUCUAUAAAUAGAGUAGUAAAUAU